AUGCUUGCGAAAUCAUCUACGACCCUUAUCGGUGCUGACAAACUUGAAGCAGUCACCCGGACACUGUAUGCUUGUCAAAUCUCGAAGACGGAAUCGCUUUCAACCUUUGUCGACAAAUUCGAAAAUCUAGUUCGAGAAUUUUACCGACUUAAAGGAGAACUCUCUGACAUUCAGUCAGCACGAAUGCUCAUCGGUGCUAUUCCUUCUUUGUCUAUCGAGACGAAAGAAUACAUUCACAACACGGUAGUUCCCUUAACCCGUGAAGGGGUAGGAAGUUAUCUACGCAAGUACGAAGAGCGUCAUGGUUGGACCUGCGCUGCUAUCAGGGAGGUCAAUGCUGUUUCUGUUCGUCCUACGAAGAAAACCUCAGGAGAGUGUACUCCGGACGAAUGUUUUGGUCCUCACCUUUCAAAGAAUUGUUGGUCAAAACCCAAAAACGCGGAGAAACGACUUGCAUUCUUAUCCAAGAUUCGUGCCAAAAGUGGAAGUGGUGCCUCAAAUUUAAAUUCAAAUUCAGUUCUGCUCAUAGCUCUCAACCUACUUCAGUUAAAGGGGUUAAGAAAGUUUUUGACUCAAGCGUAA